UCCUCUCUCAUCUCUCUCCUCACAUCACACACUGACAUCAUGCUGAUCAUCUUCAUCAUCUUCAUCAUCACACCAUCAUGUGUGAGUGGAGUGACUGUAGUGACCCAGAAUCCUUCAGAGCUCACAGUGAAUAAAGAAAAUAAAGUCACAAUCAACUGUAAUCUGGGAUCUGUUACUAAUUCAGGUCCUAGAUCAGGGGUAUGGUAUAAACAGAUUUCAGGAGGAGUUCCUCAGUAUGUGUUGGAAUAUUAUCAUAGCUGGAGCUCACCUUCUUAUGGAUCUGGUUUCUCUGCUCCUAAAUUCACAUCAACACAUUCAUCUAAAUCAGAUUAUAGUCUGAUCAUCAAUAAUGUAGAUGUGAGAGAUUCAGCUGUGUAUUACUGUCACACAUGGGACAGCUCUGCUGGUGAGCACGUAUUCGGACAAGGAACAAAACUCAUUGUGACCGAUUCAGGUGUUUCUCCUCCUGUUGUGAAGAUUUUCCCUCCAUCCAGUGAAGAUGUGAGCUCCAAUAAAGUGACUCUGGUGUGUUUGAUCAAUGACAUGUCUGUGGGAUUUGCUGAUGUGAGUUGGUUUGUGAAUGGAAACUCAGUUACUGAUGGCGUCUUCACCGGAUCUGCCGAACAGCAGCCGAAUGAGAAAUUCAAGUUGAGCAGUUAUUUAACCAUUGAGAGAUCAGAGUGGGAGAAAGACAAAGAUCUCACAUGUAAAGUGACUGCUGCUGGAAAGAUCACAAACACAAAGAUCAAGAAAUCUCAAUGCAAUUAAUAAAUGCAAAGAUUAUUGUGUGUUUGUUUUCAUAAAAGCAUUUAUUAAUAUUUCCUGCAAUAAAUAAUGAUUAUAGAAACAAUUUAAUGUUUAAGUAUGAGAUUUAAUUUCUGCAAACAUUUCAGCUUUUGAUUUUAUUGUAAUUUUUAUUUCA